AUGAAAUGGGUGAAAGGUGCAAAACAAGGCAUUGUCGUGGCUGGUAAUCAAGGAGAAGGACAUGGUCUUACACAGUUGUCAUAUCCUGAAGGAGUCGUUGUCGAUCAAUUGGGCACUGUCGUUGUGGCUGAUCGAGGGAAUCAUCGAAUAAUGCGUUGGCCCAAAGGAGUCACAAAGGGAAGUGUCAUUGUUGGUGGAAACGAUGGCGGAGGACAAUCGAACCGGCUCAAUGGGCCCACCGGUUUGUCAUUCGAUCGACACGGCAAUCUCUAUGUCGUCGAUAACGGAAAUCGUCGAGUACAAAAAUUCAAUAUCGAUUCAAAUUCUUAUUCUU